CUACCGCCUAUUCCUGUGAUGAUGCGUCAUCCUUACUUAGUGGCUUCUGUUAAGCAAUUUCGCUCCGAAGCACAAACAGAGCAGUUGCAACAACAUAUUGUGUCUGAGUCGUUCAUACCCAUGGCGCCUAAUCUGAUCAAGCCGCCUAGAAAGAGGCGACGACCCCCUUUUUCUUAUUCUUCCUUGAUUGCUCAGGCUAUUCUCGAGAGUGAACAUGAACGUAUGACACUAAGAGAUAUCUACAGUUGGAUCACAGCACGGUAUCCCGCUCUGUACAAUGCAGAGGAUACAGGAUGGCAGAAUACGAUAAGACAUAACUUAUCUUUAAACCGUUGCUUCAAAAAGAUACCAAAGUCUGAUACAAAUGGUCAACAUAGAGGAAAAGGUGGCUAUUGGACCAUCGAUCCAACUUAUAUGGAAAAAUUCAAGAAUGGGUCCUUUAUUAAAGGUUCUUCAAGUUCUUUAAGAAGGAAAACAUCA